AUGAAUAAGACUGGAACUAAAUCGAUCUCCGAAGCUUUACGACAGCUUGGUUUCACGGUCUUUGACUUUCCACAACAACUUCCUGAUUUUUUGGAUCAUUGGGUUGAUGUUUUCCAAAAUGGCGCCCAGCCAGAUGCGAGGCGAGUAUAUCGGAAUGCUGAUGCGGUGGUGGAUAUACCUGGAAACCUUUUCUGGGAGGAAAUAUUGGAAGUUUUCCCCGAUUGUAAGUUGAUUCUGAGCGAACGAGAUGAAGAUUCAUGGGUGCAAAGUUGGGUAAACCAACUUCAAAUGAUCCACGCCGUUCGCGCAACAACAACUGCAGUUAUAAAGUUAAAGCUAUCUCAAACUGUCAGAAAGAUGACUGAAGUUGUGGACUCUUGUCUUACCGCCUUACUUGGUUCGAUGAACCCUAAGUCCACUUGUGUUUUCAGAAAGCAAUUUCGUAUUCACAAUCACCUUUUGAAGUCCAUUGUACCACCUGAGAAACUACUGGUGUUCAAUGUAAAACAAGGAUGGAAACCGCUGUGUGAUUUCUUGGGCUGUGAGGUUCCAACAUCCGCUUUCCCCCAUGAAAAUAUCAAAGGAGAAAUUACCGUAAAGCCCAAGCAAAUGGAAACAUUUGAGCGGCAAGUGGAUUGGGAAGUUCGAAAAGCAUGUUGGGGGAUCCUUUCCAUUAUCGCGGUUACUGUAGCUUUACUUGUUGCAAUUGGUUAUUUGUGAUUGAACAGAUAUAAAGCUAGAAAACGUAUUACUCUUUUGGUAAUGCAGUAUAAGGCCAAUUAUGUCGUAAUUCUACCCUAAUUGUUUCCUCAAAUACUGCUUUACUUAAAAACAUGUGGAAUAAAAUGUUCUUAAAAUGAUUUAUAUGUUCUGUAAUAUCAUGUCCUUAAGUUUUUCUUCCCAUUUUCUGCUUCGACGUUUUUAUUAAAAAACUUUUAAAAUAAAUACUUUUUUCCGAGUUCUGGAAUUAUUCUCUAAACAGCAUGUAACAACUGAUAAUCAUCCGCAGUUUCUGGGUUCUAUCGGUGUCAUGUUUAUGUUCUGCAAAGUUAAUUUUCACGUAGAACGAUCAGCUUCCCAGAUUUAUGUUCACUGGGUAUAUAUUUUAGUGAUCAGAUCUCCUGUAGAUUCUUCGUCCUGGGGCAUAUUCUGAUAUUCGUUUGCGGUCCUUUGCAGUUGACGUUCUUUUGUUAUACAACAGAAAAGGUACCCUCCUCAAAUUCCAUUGUCGGCGGGCUCUCUCAAGAGAAGAGAGAACAAAAAGGAGUUGAGAAAAACGAUUUCUUUUUUUCCACAAAUCCAUGCGUUCUUUUACCGUUAAAGAGACCCUUUUUAUAAAAGACGAAGCUUUGCUUACAAUUUUUUCCUCAUCAGCCCAUGAUAGAAUGAUACCUUUUCCGUGAAAAUCGCGUAAAAGCUACGCAAAAUGAAAACAACACGUCAACAUAUGGACCACAGCCCAAAACCAUGACACCUUGAUCGUCAAACAGGAGAUCGUUUUCUUGUCCGUUAUACGUCAUGUAUAGAUAGUUGGUCUUGGCGGGGUACUCGGCUGCCAUUGUAUCAAUCUUUUGAUCAAAUCAAACAGAUAUAUCAACAAAUACUUGGGUACUGUACAUAACACAUCAUCACCAUCAUCAUCAUCAUGAUAAACGCGUGCUACCAACAAUUUUUUCCAAAAAAUCUAAUUCCAUGAUGGAAGUUUUUCGAAGAACUCGAACGAACGAAGAACUCUUUCGAACCGAAAUUUGUAUAAGUAAACGUGUUAACUUCUGUAAUGCCUCAUCAAAGUAAGCAAUCAACAGAGUCGGUAAUUCUUUAGUUUGAGUUUUCGUGACGUCAUGUAAAAACCGAGAAUAUGUUCCAAUUUUCCAUAACUUUAAACACCCCUCGCUUAUUUUUAUUCAUAAAACACCAUGGGAAAAAUCAUCCAAUUAUCCAAAAAAUUCUAAAACCCUUAUUGGUUAAAUCACUCCGACCUUGUGUGAGCCAUUUUUGAUAGUGAAUGAAGUGUUGGACGUAGAUUUUGAAAAAAAAGAUCGUAAAUGAACGAAAACCGUAGACUACGAGAAGUCUCUCUUUUUUCUGUAGUCCGUCGAGGAAGACGCGAGACGCCCUCGUUUUGCGCGUCUCGCGGCUUCGCCGCUCCCGCGCGCGUGCAUUGCUCUCACUAAAUCUGAAGAAAAAGAGAGACUGCUCACAGUCUACGAAAACCGAGGCUUUUAACCAGACUUCCCCCUUAACAAACUCUUUCAACUUUUCAAGAAAAUUCUUGUUCAAAAGCACACCUUAAUACUGUAUUUGCACACCGGAGUGCGCUGUUAUCGCAAAAGUAUACAAUGAAGUUACAAACAAGGCCUUUACGCUAAAAUUACAGCACGCCAGUGUAUAUGUUGUUGUUUUCUUUUGUUUCAAACAGUUUCAAACUUUCAAACUAGUGACCCAAAGAAAAAGCACUAAGAUCAGAGAGGCAAUAUGUUCGUGGCGUUCACAUGAGAGCACGCUAGUGAAUACAUUACUAAAGCACAGGCAUACCAAACUCACAUGAGAGAACUUGUUGAAAAAUUACCGUAUAUAAUGCGUCACGUACGGAGCUAUUUUUAAAAAGAGUACAUAUGGGAAACGUUAAAAAUGGAAAAAAAAUCCCUUCAAAAUGACAUAGGAUCACAAAAUGAAGCGAACGUGAGUUUACCGUAAAAUUCCGAAAAUAAGCCUCGGGGCUUAUAUUUUUCAAAGGCCCUUUUUGAGGGGCUUAUGUACGGAGGGAAAUUUGCGUUUCAAAAUCGAUUGGGCUAGCUUGUAGUGGGAAGGAAAUUUACCAUUUUUGCUUUGUUUUACUUUGUAUUCGAGAGCAAAUUCCAUGUACAAGCUCCCCGGGGGGCUUAUAUUCGGAGGAGGGCUUUUUGCGUUACGAUUUUGAGGGGCUUAUACGUGGAGGGGCUUAUUUUCGGAAUUUUACGGUAUCUUAUUUCUUAUUAUAGGCACAUGAUAAGCUAAGAUAAGGCUACAUUUUCUGCAUUUUUCACGUUUCCUUAAGCUCUAUAAAUCUCAUAAGUAGCUUCGUUACGCAAUUACGUUUGCGCUCACAUAGCGAGUUUGAGACGCGCCCCUGUGCUUGACCUGCAGAGACAUAAGUCAAGUGACUCAGGGAAAAAGAAGCACGAUCGAUCAAAGAGGCAAUAUGAAGGUUAUAUGCGCAGGUAUGAAUAAGACUGGAACUAAAUCGAUCUCCGAAGCUUUACGACAGCUUGGUUUCACGGUCUUUGACUUUCCACAACAACUUCCUGAUUUUUUGGAUCAUUGGGUUGAUGUUUUCCAAAAUGGCGCCCAGCCAGAUGCGAGGCGAGUAUAUCGGAAUGCUGAUGCGGUGGUGGAUAUACCUGGAAACCUUUUCUGGGAGGAAAUAUUGGAAGUUUUCCCCGAUUGUAAGUUGAUUCUGAGCGAACGAGAUGAAGAUUCAUGGGUGCAAAGUUGGGUAAACCAACUUCAAAUGAUCCACGCCGUUCGCGCAACAACAACUGCAGUUAUAAAGUUAAAGCUAUCUCAAACUGUCAGAAAGAUGACUGAAGUUGUGGACUCUUGUCUUACCGCCUUACUUGGUUCGAUGAACCCUAAGUCCACUUGUGUUUUCAGAAAGCAAUUUCGUAUUCACAAUCACCUUUUGAAGUCCAUUGUACCACCUGAGAAACUACUGGUGUUCAAUGUAAAACAAGGAUGGAAACCGCUGUGUGAUUUCUUGGGCUGUGAGGUUCCAACAUCCGCUUUCCCCCAUGAAAAUAUCAAAGGAGAAAUUACCGUAAAGCCCAAGCAAAUGGAAACAUUUGAGCGGCAAGUGGAUUGGGAAGUUCGAAAAGCAUGUUGGGGGAUCCUUUCCAUUAUCGCGGUUACUGUAGCUUUACUUGUUGCAAUUGGUUAUUUGUGAUUGAACAGAUAUAAAGCUAGAAAACGUAUUACUCUUUUGGUAAUGCAGUAUAAGGCCAAUUAUGUCGUAAUUCUACCCUAAUUGUUUCCUCAAAUACUGCUUUACUUAAAAACAUGUGGAAUAAAAUGUUCUUAAAAUGAUUUAUAUGUUCUGUAAUAUCAUGUCCUUAAGUUUUUCUUCCCAUUUUCUGCUUCGACGUUUUUAUUAAAAAACUUUUAAAAUAAAUACUUUUUUCCGAGUUCUGGAAUUAUUCUCUAAACAGCAUGUAACAACUGAUAAUCAUCCGCAGUUUCUGGGUUCUAUCGGUGUCAUGUUUAUGUUCUGCAAAGUUAAUUUUCACGUAGAACGAUCAGCUUCCCAGAUUUAUGUUCACUGGGUAUAUAUUUUAGUGAUCAGAUCUCCUGUAGAUUCUUCGUCCUGGGGCAUAUUCUGAUAUUCGUUUGCGGUCCUUUGCAGUUGACGUUCUUUUGUUAUACAACAGAAAAGGUACCCUCCUCAAAUUCCAUUGUCGGCGGGCUCUCUCAAGAGAAGAGAGAACAAAAAGGAGUUGAGAAAAACGAUUUCUUUUUUUCCACAAAUCCAUGCGUUCUUUUACCGUUAAAGAGACCCUUUUUAUAAAAGACGAAGCUUUGCUUACAAUUUUUUCCUCAUCAGCCCAUGAUAGAAUGAUACCUUUUCCGUGAAAAUCGCGUAAAAGCUACGCAAAAUGAAAACAACACGUCAACUAUUUGCCCUUAGGCGGCCAGUGCAGCUACCGUAAUCAAUUAACGUCACGCGACUGUAUAAAUCUUCACCUUUAAUCCUGCCAAUGUCAUUGUAGAGACACAAGUGACCCACAAAAAAAGAGCUAAUAUGAAGGUUAUAUGCGCGGGUAUGAAUAAGACCGGAACUAAAUCAAUCUCCGAAGCUUUACGACAACUUGGAUUCACGGUCUUUGAUGCAGUUCCACAACAAUUACUUGAUUUCUUGGAUCACUGGGUUGAUGUUUUUCAAAAUGGCACCCAGCCAGAUGUGAAACGAGUCUACCAGAAUGCUGAUGCGGUGGUGGAUAUACCUGGAAACCUUUUCUGGGAGGAAAUAUUGGAAACUUUUCCUGACUGUAAAGUAAUUUUGAGCGAACGAGAUGAAGAUUCUUGGACACAAAGUUGGGUAAACCAACUUGAAAUGAUCCAGGCUGCUCGCGUGGGAAUAAGAGCAUUUAUAGCUUACAAGCUAUCGCAAACUGCUAGAAAGUUGAGGUACGUUGGCGACUCUUGCUUUACUGCUUUACUUGGUUCUACGAACCCCAAGUCCACUUGUGUUUUCAGAAAGCGAUAUCGUAUGCACAAUCACCGUGUAAAGUCCAUUGUACCACCCGAAAGGCUACUUGUGUUCAAUGUAAAACAGGGAUGGAAACCGCUGUGUGAUUUCUUGGGCUGCGAGGUUCCAACAUCUGCCUUUCCACACGAAAAUAUCAAAGGAGAAAUCCUCACAAAACCAGUAAAUAUGGAACGAUUACGUCAGCAGGUGAGUUCGGAAGUUCGGAAAGGAUGUUUGGGGAUCCUCUCUGUAAUCGUGGUUAUUGUAGCUUCAAUUGUUGCAGUAUGUUAUUUUUCAUUUUUUGAAUUGGAUCAGAAUCUUGGAAAACACGGCUGACCAAGGUAGUCAAGGUACAGAAAACUUUAUACCACUUUUGGUGGUACAGUAUGAGACCAAGCAUUUUGUACAUUUUGCUUCCCUUAUCCACCGUGUUCUGGGUUUUCGGAAAUCUAAUUAUUGGAUCGCUAACUCAUUCAUUCCACCAUUCAACAAAUCACGAUAUCUGACCUUCUUAACCACAUGAAACCAAACGCUACCCUGGCUCCAGAGGUCCGUUGUCAAAAUACCUAACAUGAAAUAAACCGUGCUCAAAGUUUGAUAUCGGUAAGAAAAAAAUAUCCUGUGGAACACAGGGUAACCAAAGGCAUGCACCAAUGGGUUUAAUUGUUUUAACCACACCCAAUAUCUUAACCUGCCUAGCAGGUUUCCGGAGAAACAAACAACAAGGAGCGCAAACUCCGCAAAAGGUCACGCUUACCAAGUUCUUUCUUACGCCUGCUACACAGUACAGCCUACCAAUAUCACAAAGGUUAGCACUCAUCUCAACCUAUCACAAUGUAAGGUCUAGAAAACUUACACAGAUACGACCGACUCAAGUCAACGAUUUGCCCUUAGGCGGCCAGUGCAGCCACCGUAAUCAAUUAACGUCACGCGACUGUAUAAAACUUCACCUUUAAUCCUACCAAUGUCAUUGUAGAGACACAAGUGGCCCACACAAAGAGAGCUAAGAUCAAAGAGGCAAUAUGAAGGUUAUAUGCGCGGGUAUGAACAAGACUGGAACAAAAUCAAUCUCCGAAGCUUUACGACAGCUUGGAUUCACGGUCUAUGACUGGGAAGAACAACUGUUCGAUUUUCUGGAUUACUGGGUUGGCGUCUUCCAAAAUGGCGCCACGCCAGAUGUGAAGCAAAUCUACCAGGAUGCAGAUGCAAUCGUGGAUAUGCCUGGAAACCUUUUCUGGGAGGAAAUAUUGGAAGCUUUUCCUGAUUGUAAGGUGAUUUUGAGCGAACGAGAUGAAGAUUCUUGGAUACGAAGCUGGGUCACUCAACUAGAAACAAUAAACGAUGUUCGAUCACGCACCGCAAAUAUGUUAUCGCAAACCUGCACAACGGUAACCAACGUUGCGCACUGUAGUCUAAUUGCUUUGUUUGGAUCCAUGAACCCCAAGUCCACUUGUGUUUUCAGGAAGAGAUAUCGUAUGCAUAAUCACCGUGUAAAGUCCAUUGUACCACCCGAGAAACUACUGGUGUUCAAUGUAAAGCAAGGAUGGAAACCGCUGUGUGAUUUCUUGGGCUGUGAGAUUCCGACAUCCGCUUUCCCCCAUGAAAAUGUUAAAGGAAGACUCCUCAAAGAAAUCUUUCAAAAGACAAGAUAUGGGCAGCAGGUGCAACGGGAAAUUCAGAAAACUGUCUUUGUGAUCGUUUCCGUUAUCGUUGUUAUUGUA